CCCGACAUCCCAUCCCGACAUCCCGACAAAUAAAAGAGCGAGAGCGAGCACACGACAACAAAUCCUACAAAUCCUUCCAACAAACUUCCCGACCCCAACCUCAACCCCAGCCCCAACUCCCCCAACCAUCCCCAUCCCCGCCACCAUCACCACACACACCUCUCUCUCUCCCUCGUUAUGAACAAACUCGCCAACAUGCGGCAUUGGUCCGAGAAGAUGGGACCUGGCUUCGGCAUGUCGCGACCCAACCCCAACAUGAACAGCAACAUGGCCCCCGGCGUCCCACCGCACACCAAGACACCCCACGGCGGCCCAUCGCCCAUCUCCCCCCAGACCGCCGCAGACGCAUUCAUCCACUACUCCUUCAACGUGCCCUUCGCUUCCGAUCUCGAAGGGCCCAUAAUAGAGGAUAUCGUGCACGCCACCCCGGAUGCUUGCGAAAGGUGGACACAUCCCGAGUCGGCACCAGAUGGGGUCCCGGUUCACGAGCUGCCGGUGCAUGCGCAGAAUGUGCUGAAUCUGAGGAAGCUGUGUAAGGAUAUCACGAAUGGGCCGUUGCCGAUAGAGGCGCACGUUAUUUGCUCGGAGCCUAAGAGGGUUAAGGGCGAGAUUGUGAAUGUGUGUCUCUCGGGAAGCCCGGAACUGGUGCAUAAGAGCAGAGAGACGAUAUUGAAUGAUAUACCGCUUGCAUUGCGGUGCUCGGUGGUGGAUAUCGAUGGCGAGCUGGUGCUUGAUCAGGCGGGGACGGCGUUGAAGACGUUCGUUAUCGAGCAUCUCGAUGAGGUGUCGGAGUUCUGCGGUGUCGAUAUCUUUCUUCUAGGACCGAAGUUCAAUACGAUUGCGUCGGGGAUCAACGGGAAUGGCGAGGCGGGCCAGGAUCAGAGGUGGAGGGUUGCGAUAUAUGGCGAUAUAGAGAGUGCGGAACAUGCGAAGACGAGGGUCUUGGUCUUCAUCGAUAGACUGCUCAGGCGAAGCGUCGACGCCAUGCUGCUGGAGCUCUCGUUACACACCGUCAUCUGCGGCAGGUCGAGGAAGAAUAUCAAGCAUAUUGAGUCUACGACGAAUACGGCUAUUUAUUUCCCGCCACCGUUUUCGCAGGUCUAUAGAUACUGUCAUCCUGGCGCGAAGCGCAGGAAUCCGGAGAAAAUAUUCAUUACGGGUGAGACGCCACAGGAUAUUGCGCUGGCUAAGCAGAAGAUCCAUGAGUUGGUGCAGCGAACUCGGUUGUUCAUGAAGGACUGCAUGGUCUCGCCUGCCAAGAUUGAUAGCAUCCUGCUUAGCCGACUCGAUAAGGUCCGGAAGAUCAUGGAGACGAACGGCACUUUUGUCUUGUUCCCACAGCUUGGGGCUCAGCGCAACUUGGUGCGGAUUCAAGGUGUUGAAGGUCUUCAUGUCGAGAGGACCAUUCGCGAUAUUAUGGGACUCACUGGCCAAUUCUACAGUGCAUCGUGGUGGAUCCAAGCACCACACGGUGGACGCAUGCCAUCUCCACAAGAAACGCGGUCCAUGCUACCUGACAUUUGUGCCAACUCGGACGCCGACCUAACGCUGGACAAGUUAACGUUUUCCAUCACCGGCUCCGAUGACGCGGUCAAGGAUGCACUGGCCGUUAUCUCCGAAAUCCCAUUCGUGGCUCGCUCUCAAUACCAAAUCAGGGUGAAGAUCGAGCUGGCAAACGAGCACAAGGAGUUCGUCAGCGGCAAGAAGAACGGCAAGAUCAACAAGAUCAUGGGCCAGAGUAGCGUGCAGAUCAUAUUCGACGGCUUCAACGAAUACAACUUCAACAUCGACGUCUGCUCGAGCCAGUACGAGGCUAUGAAGACGGGACUAUCUCUUGUUGAGCAAGAAAUGCCCGCUUCGAUAUCCUUCCACGUUCCCGACCAGUAUCACAAGCGCAUCAUUGGAAUUGGUGGCCAACACAUCCAGCGUAUUAUGAAGAAGCACUCCGUCUUCGUCAAGUUUUCGAAUGCGAUGGAUCGUGGAGGCAUUGGUCGCGACGAGGACGAUAUCAAAGUCGACAACGUCAUCUGCCGUACGCCUGCUCGCAACGCCGGCGCACUUGAGCUCGUCAAAGCCGAGAUUUUGGACAUGGUCGACCGCGUUGAUUCCGAGUUCACCAACCAGACUGUGAACGUCAACAGGUUGUACCAUCGCCAGCUCAUCGCACGCAUGGGCCAGCUCGAUGAGCUCGAGAAGAAGUGGAACUGCAAGAUCAUGUUCCCGAGCACCGAGCAGGCCAGUGACGAUGUUACGGUAUCUGGUCCGGAAUGGCAAGUUCCCCACUGCGUGGAUGAGUUCUUGGGCAUGGUUCCCGAUACCCAUGAUCUUGUCCUUGCCAGCUCGCCAGAGCUGCUGAAGUUCCUCGAGUCGGAUGAGUUCGUCAAGGAGACGAUUCCGAAGAUGAAGGCGCAGUAUGUUGUUGAGCUUCAAGUCAAGAAGGACCCAGCUGAGGUGACCGAAGAUGGCAAGCCCACCGUAACCCUCAUGUGGUCAUUCACCAGGAACAAUGCCGGAGGCGUCCGAGACGCAAUGGACUACCUAAUCCAGCUCCUCCUCCCCGCCGGCGCCGAAGUCAACAUCGUCAAAGGUGCCAUCCCCCGCCCCAAAUCCGACUCCUUCGAAGAAUCCCUGCGCUUCUUCGACUCCAAGCUGCUCCAGCACGCCCCCGCCCCCGUCGCCGGCACCGACUCCCCCACCAAAUCUGCCUUCAACGAAGACGUCUCGCGCGAGCGCAGCAACAUCUUCGACAAGCUGCGCAAGCCGGGCAGCAUGACCUCCAUCUCGGCCUUCCUGGACAGGCGCAAGAACUCGUCGCAGUCCCCUGCGGCGACGAGUUCGUUCUUCAAGAAUGGGUCGAGCAAUGUGUCGAAGUCGUCGUUGAUCUCGGUGGAGUCCACGAGGAGCUUUAAUGCGAAUCGGGAUCCGUGGAAUGAUAGUGGGGUUAAUCUGCCGGAUGAUGAGGGUGGCGCGACGUGGUCGAGGCCGUUUUCGAAAGGGAAUGGGAGUAUUCACCUUAAUCAGUCGGGGCAUCAUGGGGAUCCGACUCCCAAGCUCAAUAUGAGGAUCUCAACUGACAGCGGUCGACCCUCCACUUCUAAUUCUACGAAUUCGGGGUUCCCCGGCCCGAUCGGGACGCCUCGUUAAGAAUUUGUUUCUCAUUCCACCAUUUUUACGGCGGAAAUGGUGCGGACGAGAGAAUUUAUUUUCACACCAACUCUCCUCUCCCCUCUUACUCUAUUCUCAGUCUCUCUUACUACCGGCUGGAUAUACCCCUGGGAACUCGCGUACAACUCAAAAUCCCCCCCCAAAACAUCUUUGGUUUUUGUUCUGCUUCUUUAUCUCGGAUAUCAUCUCUUUUUCCACUCUUUGGUGUUCACUAGGGAAAUCGUUCUGCUUGUUUUUCGUGCUUUUACUGUUUUUGCUGUUUUGUUGUUUUCGGUGUGUCUUGUGUUUUGUUGUGUCGGUGCUUCUACUUUACUCGUUUAUACCUGGUCGUUGUCUGUCGCAAAUCCUGUUGUUUUUUUGUCUUUCUUCCAAAAAGUGCAGCUGGGCGCUGUGUAGACGGUGUGGAUACAAGUUGAUACCAGUGAACGGUGUGUGGGUGCAGAGGGAAUACCUAUUUGCUUGUUAUUGCGCAAGGGGGACGAAAGUGUGGGCGGAUGGGGGAAUUCCGCUUCGCUGAGUUCAUGAUGGAUGGUGCGAAGGUUACGCUUCUUAUGAGAGGGCGGUGAUGGGGGGGGAUGGGAAAAGGGAUGGGGACGCUGGCUGAGAGGACAUUUAUGGUGAUGUGCGAGCGGAUGGGUGGAUAGAAAUGAGCACGAAAUACUACUCAGUG